AUGCCGGCUGAAACGAAGAGAUUUAGCGAAGAAGAUGGAAAUGGAUUGGCCACGUAUUUCGUAUGGAAGAAGCAGCCAUCCCCCGAGUUGCUAUGCGGUGGACACCAGCAGGGAGAAGAAAAAGAGGAAGACCCAGGGAAACUUGGAGAAGGAAGAAAUGUGACACAUAACAGACCAUUGAGCUGUGUGAGUCAAGACAUGGCAGAUGUAGCUGCAGAUGAAACAGCUAUGUUGAUUGACAAGACAGAAACUGAAAUCCCUGGAAAACUGGUAUCCAAACAGAAUGGCCUUGAUGCUGAUAGUGGAGAGUCGACUGGUGAAAAACCAGCAUCGUUAAAUGGUGUUUCUGACGCGUGUAGUAAUGGAAAAUCUGAAGAGAUCAUGGACACAGAAGCUGAAACAGAGGAAGAUAAACCACUUGAAAAUGGUAACACGGAAAAGGCUGAAAAUUCCAAGGCAAUUUCUGAUCAAAAUGAGGAUGCACCAGUUGUUUUGUCAGACAACAAUGACAGUGACAUAGUUGAAAGUCUUGGGAGUUGUGAAAGUCCAGUUGUUGUUAAUUCUGAUGUAAGUCAGGAUGGAGAAAAUUCUUCUGAAGCCAUGGAAGUGGAAAGCAUCACUAAGGAAGAUGAAGACUCAAAUGUUGUCGAACUGAGCUCAAAUGUUAGUGCACAUAACUCUGAUAUUGUGGAAGUGGGUCAUAACGAUUCCAAUAAUCCAAGUCUAAUUUCUGAAGAAAGUUCUAGAGAUUCAGUAGAAAGUGGGGAAAGCAUUAAAAAAACAAGAGAGAAUAAAAAUGGGGAAAUUAUAAAAGAAAAAGAUGAAAAAGUUGUUGAAGAGAAAUCCAAGUCACUUCUAUCAGCAACUGAUCAAGGAGUUACAAAAACAAUUCCUGUAACAAUUCAGCCUGCUCCAACUGCUGUAGUAUCGUCAUUUCCUUCAGCUACUAAUUUAAUAUUUCAAGCAUCAGCAGGUCAAGUAAUAAGCUCGGCACAAAAUUUUAUAGUUCAAGGGACUCUACCAAGUAUACCAGUUGGAAGCCAGCUGGUUCGGCAGGGAAACCAACUUGGGUAUGUAAGUGUAAAUGGCAACCAGCAUAUUUUUGUACCUGUAAAUAAUGCUGUCCCUGCUUCUGUUGCGAAGAAUCCAUUAAUUGCGAAUCAGCUGACACCAGUUCAGCAGCAGCAGAAAACAAAUGUGCCACCACAGUUGAAACCUGAGGAUCUUCGUCCAAAGUCAAGCUGGGAAAUGAUAGAACUAAUGAAAUGGGAGAUACAAAACAGAGUUCCUGAUAAUUACAACUGGUCUGUUGCUUUUCAUGGAAGAAAAGAAGAGCUGAGCUCUGUUUCAUCUUUCCUGCAAGAACUUGGCAGUGAUGUAGUGAAGGAACAGGUGUAUAAAGACAUAAUACAGAUACAAACAAAAAAGAAGAUAGCAGGUGAUCUGAAAGAGCCAGAAAUUGAAAGUUUGGAGAAGAUGAAAACUGUUUACGAAAACACUAAGAAAAAGGUUGAGCAUUUGCAGCUUGAAACAAAAGAAUGUGAUCAGUGUGAAUUUAAGACUGAAUCAAGUGUAAUCAUGAAUUAUCAUAAGGAUUUCCCACAUUACGACCCACCCUGGGACAUGAACAAAGGGUGGCUUAUGUGUGCUCACUGUGAUUUCAAAACAAAAACACCAGCACAUUAUAUUUUCCAUGAGAAAGACAUUCAUAAUGUUCAGGCUAAGUUUGUGGAGAAAGAGCAGCUAUUCCAGUGUUCACUUUGUCCAUUAAAUGCUUCAACAAAGAACAAGCUAGAAAAGCAUCAACAAAAAUGUAUGAAACACUUCAAGCUGAAUGCCAACUUGCAGCCAUAUUAUCAUGAUGUGAAUUUCUGUAUGAAAACCUGCUUUUAUAAGCCAAAGAAAGUGGUUCCUAAACCACCUCCACCUAAACCGACUGCAAAGCCAACUAUGCUGACACGGCAGCAAGGUACUGUGCCGGUCUCACAAACAGUGGUACAACAAACUCAGGCUAUAAGACCAAAUACAAAUGUUGCAAUACGGCAGCGACUGCCAGUUAUGAGAAGUCCUAUGCCGCCUCAACAAAAUGUUCAAAGACCACCAGUGCCACAGCAAAGACCUAGGUUGACACCACCUGCUUUGCAAAGAGCUCCAGUUCCGCAGCAAAAGCCUGUUCGGCCUCCUGGAAGGGAAAUGUCUGGCUUUGAAGUAUGCGAGUUGUGUGGUGGCUAUGUAAAGGAUCGGCAAGCUUUGAGAAUUCACUUCUACUAUGCUCAUAAAGUAGAGAUGCCUCAAGCAAUAUUCAACCGCCCGCUGCCCCCACUUACUUGUGAUGUUUGCAAGUCACAUUAUUGGACAACCCAUGGGUUGACUAAGCACAAGACUGCCCAGCGUCAUUUUAUUGGGGCGAAACCUCAAGCGCCCCAGGGAAAGAUAUCGACAGAAAUGGAAUGUUUCAUGUGUAUGAAACGGUUUCCAAAUCUGUUUGUUCAUUUCGAGAAGAUACAUGGGAUGACAAUGAAAGACUUGGUAUUGGUGCGUAAAUGUAUUAUGUGUGGACUAGCAGCAAAUGAUUAUAAAAGCUUAGAAGCACAUUUAGUUAAUACCCAUGGGAUUCUAAUAAAAGUCAAUGAUUAUAUCAAUGAUAGAACUAAACCUGUCAGGUCAAGCCCAAAUACAUCUAUAAUUGGUGGAGGUAAAAAUGUAGGGAAGAUAAAUUACUGUGUCUUCUGUCAAAUACAGUUUCCAGAUAACAUUCAGUUGACAAUGCAUUGUAUUAAAAUACAUGCCACAUGCAGAACUUGUGGGAUGGUUGUUGCAACAAGCAAACACCUUGCCGACCACAGUUGUAGGAAGGCUCAUAUUAAUCGUUCAUGCUAUAUCUGCGGUACAAUAGUAACAUCUCAAGAAAAAUAUGCCCUCCACUUGCGAUCGCAUGUGAAGCCUUGUCGAGUCAAAAUUGAAAAUCUGACGGCAGAUGAAAUAAUUGAAGUUAAGGAGAAAAUAAAGCGAGAAUAUAAACCUGCAGUAAUUAGCUUGGAUUCUGAUGAGGACUCGGAUGUUGAAGUUGUUGAAACCAAACCAAGUAAUAUGAAGGUUGUGCUUGAGAAGGAUAAAGACAAGGAUGUAGAAAUGGUGGAUCUCUCUGAAGAUGCAGAUGAAAAAAGUAAUGAUAAUAAAUCUAAAACUAUGAAGAAAGAGAAUGAUAGUGGAAUUAAGAAAGAAAUGGAUAAUAGAAGAGAAAAAAUCGAAAAUGAAAGUGAUGUUGAAGUUAAGAAUGAAUCUACAAAUUCGGCAAGUACUAAUGACAAUGUAAAAGAAGAAAGUAGGGAUGAAUCUGAAAGUACUGCAGCUGACAAGACGGAGAAUGAUAAUAAUGAAUCUGAAAAUGCUAAGAAAGAGACCGAUACUGGUACAGAUGUUACUGAAAACAAAAAAAGUAAAGUUGAAGUUACUAAUGAAUCUGAAAAUUCUACAAAUAAAGGUACUGUAAAAGAAGAAAGUAACAUUGAAUCAGAUAGUACUGCAGUUGUUAAAGAUGGUAGUGUUGCAGACAGUGAAAAUGGAUCUGAAGGUGCUUUAAAACAGGCUGAAUGUUCUGAUCCUGUUUUGUCAGAAGAAAAUUUGAAAGUGGAAGAUACGUGUAUUAAGGAAGAUCAAGAUUGUAAAGCUGAAAUCCUCAGUGAAUCAGUAAUGAAAGAGAAAAUACAUGCUGAAAGUAAAGAAAAUGAUGAAUCCGAAACUAUUGCUGUUAAGUCUGUGUCUGCUGAAAGUGAAACAUUAGACGAGUUUAAAAGUGAAACAGAAACACUGUAUGAAAAUCUGAAAAAGGAUGUUGAAAAUAAAGAGUCGAAUAAUGUAGUCUCUAAUGAAAGUGAAGCAGAACUGGAAGAAAGACUGCUGGGAAAAGACGAUGAGGAUAGUACCUCGAGUUCUGGGAGUUGUAAACGUAAAAAAAGUGAGUCGGACAUCGAUGAAGAUGAAUUGUUAAGAGAGGAUGAUAAUACUGUGAAAAGAACAAAAGUUGAGGCUGAAGAUGAAAAUACUGACAAGUCUGCAGAAAGAAAUGAUACAGUACUUGAAACUGAACAGUGUAAAAAUGAAGACAAAUCUAUUGAAGAUGUAGAAAUGGGUGAAAGUUCAUCUGUAGGGGAUACCAAAAUGGAAGAGAUUUGAUGUAAAGUAUAUAGUAGUAAAAACAAAGCUGGCUUGGUAGAUUUUUUUAGGUGUUUUAUAGAAAUUUAAGUUUUGUUUGUUAAAGCUCAAGUUUUUUUUCUUGUUAUGAAUAUGUACUGUAGAGGUGUUUUAGAAUUACUUUCAGAGGUGCAAUUACAUUUUUUUUUUCAUUUAAUUAAUUCUGGAAUGUCUAGAUAAACUUCUAUUGGAUUUGAGUGCAAGGGUCAUUAAAGUUAAAAGGUUGCUGUUUUUUUUUUCAUGAAAAUAUUUUCAGGAUGAUUUACCCCUACUAGACUGUUGUGCUUUUAGGGGGUAGAUACCAGUUUUACAUUCAUAACUUGGGCUUUGCUUUUGACAGUAAUAUAAUAUGAUAAACUUUUUAGCUACUUUAAAGGAUACCAUUAUACAGUUAAUAUACCCUUUUUCAAACUUUAAAAUCUGCAGAAGCCCAAGGACUGUUGAAACCUAAGCCAGAGGGCUUCUGAAGAUGAUACUGCUUGAGGUAAUGUGUAUAGUCAACUUUCCUCAAUGGUUAUGUGGGUGAAUGGCAUGCUAGCAAGUUACUUCAUGAUCUUUUCUAACGUUAUACCGGUAUCAUGAUUUUGUAAUUUUUGCAUCAAAGUAUACUAUGUUUAUACUACUGGCUGUUAUAAAAAUUACUGACUAAAAAUUACUUCAGUACUGAAAAGAAGUGAGAAUAUUUUUAAUUUUCAUUGUUGGUUAAAGCUUAGUUUGAGUUAGUUAAUCAUGAGUAAUAACAUUUUUCAUACAAAAAUUGAAAAAGUAGAAUCAUGGUUUGAAGGAAAUACUCUCUCUUAUUGUGUUAUAGCAUUACAUUCAAUGUAAAAGGAGGCAGUUCCAAGGAACUUUUUGACAAUUGAGUGUUGCAUUACUUUUGCAGUCAUUGCCAAGAAUUAUCAAAUUAUUAUUGUUAUUUGGUUUGAUAAAUAACUGGGAAAUGUAUGUUUGUAAGGGGGAGAUAACUAUUCAAUUUCAUUAAGUUCAUGAAAAAGGGGGGAUAAGACAAGAAAUAUUUUCAUAGUGCUUUUCAGUAAACUUGUUUGAAAACCACUUUAUUAUCAUUGUAAGGUAAUAGUGUCUUUUGAAGAGAAUAAAGUUUCAUUUAGAUUUUUGUGUAUGUUGACUUAAAAUGUAAACCUAAGAGUAAGAGGUAUUUGCAAACUCCUAUUUUCCAAAGAUUUAAAGUGGUUUUUCUGAGAAAUUAAGUGUAAAAGUGUUAAGGACAUAUUCUUCUGUUUUGUUUAUUUAAUGAUUCAAAAGUCAAAAUGUUUCUGAUUCACUCUAUUUUCUUGUCUAAAACUUAAGAAUGAAAAAAGACUUUGAAUAUGAAAUUUUUAAGUUUUUCCUAUUUUAUAGCCGAUGAAUUACAAUAUUGUUAAAUAUGUUAAUACUGAACUGAAAGGAAUAUGUUCGACUAAGAAAGAAAUGUUUAUAGCCAGAAUAGAACAUUAUUAAUUAUUGGGUGUGUUACUGACAUAUCAGAAAUGUGUGGAGCCAUUAAUAUGAUGAAAGGAGGUGGAAGGUGGGGAUAGCCUAGUCCUUGUAUUUAUCGAAUUAUUCCCAUCUUCCGUGUACAAGUUGUUCAUAAAUCCAGUAAUAGAUUUGUUUUAUUGAUCACUUGUUUUUUUAGUCUGUCUAACAUGAAAAUCUAUUGACCAUUAACAGAAGUAAUGAGAGUCAUCUUGUUAAGACUUUUAACUACUUAAAAAAAACACUAGGAGCUUCUGACGGGUAAUACAAAGAAGUUUGCGUGGAUUUUUCUAACAUUGUGUAAUAGAGUUUUAUUUGUGGCUGAUAAUUUAUGUUAGUACUUUAGUUAUUUAUUAUCCCCCGCUGAGGCCAAAAUUUAAAAUGUUUGUUUGCUGUCUCCCUACCUAACCACUUAAAAUGCUGCGCCCCAAAAGUUUUUAUUGGACAAUGCUGGUCAAAAUAUUUUUUUUCAAGUUGCGAUAUGACAAGUGCCGCAUAUUUUUCAAGUACAUGUAAGAAAAACAAGAAAGAAAGUUUAAAUUGUACUAUUUGAUUUCAUCCUUUUAUACUACAUAUACAGAGUUGUCUUAUUUUUACAGAAGAAAUAUUCUGUAAGAAACGAUCAUAUAUAUAUACUGGUAAACGUAUAAUCUCCAUACCAAAAAAAAAAAAAAAAAAAAAAAAAUUGCCUACCUACCUACCCAACUUUAAAAACAGGGGAACAGCGAACAAUGACUUUUUAGCUCACCUGUCACAAAGUGACAAGGUGAGCUUUUGUGAUCGUGCAGCAUCCGUCGUCCGGCCGUCCGUCCGUGCGUAAACUUUUGCUUGUGACCACUCCAGAGGUCACAUUUUUCAUGGGGUCUUUAUGAAAAUUGGUCAGAAUGUUCACCUUGAUGAUAUCUAGGUCAAGUUCGAAACUGGGUCAACUGCGGUCAAAAACUAGGUCAAUGGGUCUUAAAAUAGAAAAACCUUGUGACCUCUCUAGAGGCCAUAUUUUUCAAAAGAUCUUCAUGAAAAUUGGUCAGAAUGUUCACCUUCAUGAUAUCUAGGUGAAGUUCGAAACUGGGUCACGUGCCAUCAAAAACUAGGUCAGUAGGUCAAAUAAUAGAAAAACCUUGUGACCUCUCUAAAGGGCAUAUUUUUCAUGGGAUCUGUAUGAAAGUUGGUCUGAAUGUUCAUCUUGAUGAUAUCUAGGUCAAGUUUGAAACUGGGUCAUGUGCGAUCAAAAACUAGGCCAGUAGGUUUAAAAAUAGAAAAACCUUGUGACCUCUCUAGAGGCCAUACUUGUGAAUGGAUCUUCAUAAAAAUUAAUCAGAAUGUUCAUCUUGAUGAUAUCUAGGUCAAGUUCGAAACUGGGUCACGUGCCUUCAAAAAAUAGGUCAGUAGGUCAAAUAAUAGAAAAACCUUGUGACCUCUCUAGAGGCCAUAUUUUUCAUGGGAUCUGUAUGAAAGUUGGUCUGAAUGUUCAUCUCGAUGAUAUAUAGGUUAAGUUUGAAACGGGGUCAAAAACUAGGUCAGUAGGUCUUAAAAUAGAUAAACCUUGUGACCUCUCUAGAGGCCAUACUUUUGAAUGGAUCUUCAUGAAAAUUGGUCAGAAUGUUCACCUUGAUGAUAUCUAGGUCAAGUUUGAAACUGGGUCACGUGCUGUCAAAAACUAGGUCAGUAGGUCAAAUAAUAGAAAAACCUUGUGACCUCUCUAGAGGCCAUAUUUUUCAUGGGAUCUGUAUGAAAGUAGGUCUGAAUGUUCAUCUUGAUGAUAUCUAUAUCAAAUUUGAAACUGGGUCAUGUGCGGUCAAAAACUAGGUCAGUAGGUCUAAAAAGAGAAAAACCUUGUGACCUCUCUAGAGGCCAUACCUGUGAAUGGAUCUUCAUAAAAAUAAAUCAGAAUGUUCAUCUUGAUGAUAUCUAGGUCAAGUUCGAAACUGGGUCACGUGCCUUCAAAAAGUAGGUAAGUAGGUCAAAUAAUAGAAAAACCUUGUGACCUCUCUAGAGGCCAUAUUUUUCAUGGGAUCUGUAUGAAAGUUGGUCUGAAUGUUUAUCUCGAUGAUACAUAGGUCAAGUUUGAAACUGGGUCAACUGCGGUCAAUACUAGGUUAGUAGGUCUUAAAAUAGAAAAGCCUUGUGACCUCUCUAGAGGCCAUACCCUUGAAUGGAUAUUCAUGAAAAUUGGUCAGAAUGUUCACCUUGAUGAUAUCUAGGUCAAGUUUGAAACUGGGUCACGUGCCUUCAAAAACUAGGUCAGUAGGUCAAAUAAUAAAAAAACCUUGUGACCUCUCAAGAAGCCAUACUUUUCAUGGGAUCUGUAUGAAAGUUGGUCUGAAUGUUCAUCUUGGUGAUAUCUAGGUCAAGUUUGAAACUGGGUCAACUGCGUCAAAAACUAAGUCAGUAGGUCUAAAAUUAGAAAAAUCUUUUGACCUCUCUAGAGGCCAUAUUUUUCAAUGGAUCUUCAUGUAAAUUAGUUUGAAUGUUCACCUUGAUGAUGUCUAGGUCAUAUUUGAAACUGGGUCACCUGCGGUCAAAAACUAGGCCAGUAGGUAUAAAAUUAGAAAAACCAUGUGACCUCUCUAGGGGCCAUAUUUUUCAUGAGAUCUUCAUGAAAAUUAGUGAGAAUGUUCACCUUGAUGAUAUCUAGGUCAAGUUCAAAACAGAGUCACGUACCUUUGAAAACUAGGUCAAUAGGUCAAAUAAUAGAAAAACCUUGUGACCUCUCUAGAGGCCAUAUUUUUCAAUGGAUCUUCAUGAAAAUUGGUCAGAAUUUUUAUCUUGAUGAUAUCUAGGUCAAGUUCAAAACUGGGUCACAUGAGCUCAAAAACUAGGUUACUAUGUCAAAUAAUAGAAGAAACGACGUCAUACUCAAAACUGGGUCAUGUGGGAACAGGUGAGCGAUUCAGGACCAUCAUGGUCUUCUUGUUUAAAUGUGGCCUGAUGGUGGUGGAUAUAGAUUUUGUGCUGUCCAUUCAUCUGUGUGUUUGUUAGUAUAGGAAAUUUAAAAUGCUUGUAUUUAAAAAAUAUUUAAGCUAGAAUCACCAAACAUCACAUAAUCAUUAAGUUGCACAUGACCUUUGCUCACAUGUAGUAUUAUUAUCCCCCUUAACCUAGUAAAAGCUCUCCUUGAUUUGGUAAAAAAAAAAUAUGGAUUUUUUUAGUGUAUAUAAGUAAUCUAUUGAUGGAUCUUCAUUAAAUUUUUACACAAAUGUAGAUAACUAUAGGGUGGUGGUGCACGUACCACUUCAUUAGGAUCACUUGAGUAAUUUCAAAGUUAUUGCUCUUUAAUUGUUUUACUAUCCACACAUAAAAAAGUAAUCCAUUGUUGGAUCUUCAUCAAAUUUAACACAUAACCAAGAUCACUAUAAGGCUGGCAAUGCAUGCACAUCUUUCGAAUCCACAUCUUGAGGAUUUCUUCAAUAACUGCGCAGUUGUUGCCCUGUAAUUGUUUUAAAAUUCAUCAGUACUGGUCCUGAUUAAAGGCUUUUGACUACCAGAAAUUCCCUGUAUAACUGUAUUAUUAGAAAAAAGACAUUUCUGGCUUUUUUUUUUUUUUUUUUUUUUUUUUUUUUUGACUGAAUCCUAGACCUGUACCUGAGCUCAUUCAUUUCCUACAUAUUAUACCAGUGUAAAGUAGAAGCAAUUUUUAUGCCCCCGAAGGGAGGCAUAUUAGUUUUCAACUGUCCGUUCGUUAGUUUGUCGUCACAACGUUAACUUUUUGCAUGAAGGCACUUUACUCGCGAACCACUGCACCCAGGACCUUCAAACUUCACUUGCUGAUAGUACUUAUUGAGUACACCACCUCUACUGACUUUGGGAUCACCAGGUCAAAGAUCAAGGUCACAGGGGCCAAGGUUAACUUUUUGCAUGAAGGCACUUUACUCGCGAACCACUGCACCCAGGACCUUCAAACUUCACAUGCUGAUAGUACUUAUUGAGUACACCACUCCUUUUGACUUUGGGGUCACCAGGUCAAAGGUCAAGGUCACAGGGGCCAACAUUAACUUUUUGCAUGAAGGCACUUUACUCGCAAACCACUUCACACAGGACCUUCAAACUUUACUUGCUGUUAGUAUUGUAUGAGUACACCAACCCUACUGACUUUGGGGUCACCAGGUCAAGGCCACAGGGGCCAACGUUAACUUUUUGCAUGAAGGCACUUUACAUGUGAACCACUGCACCUAGGACCUUCAAACUUCACAUGCUGAUAGUACUUAUUGAGUACACGUCCCCUACUGACUUUGGGGUCACCAGGUCAAAGGUCAAGGUGCUGCAGGGGUAUUUGUCACCAUUAGUGACAGCUCUUGUUUAAACCAAUAAACCACGUUUUUCUUUUCUUUUGAUACAUGAAUCCUAUUUUUGUGUAUGCUAAGGAAGUGUUUGACUAUUUAAAACAUGUGAUAUCAAAUGAAAUAGUACUGUGCCAUAAAGGAAUAAAGUAAACAAAUUAGAUUAAGUGCAACAUAUUGUUAUGAAACUUACAUUAAGGGAAUUCUUCUGUUUCAGUAGCACUUUAAAUGUCAAACUUGGCCCUUUCAUGGUUAGUUUUGAUAUGAUGGGUCAUGUUUUCUUUUAAUAAUAUGUGCUGAAGAUUACUUUUUACAGUGAGUUACCUCAAGAUCAAGAAAUAGUGCUAACAUAUUUGUUUUGAGUACAUGUAUUUACAUUUAGGACAGAUUAGAAUUGACAUAAUACAUAAGUGAAACUUGUGUCGCCCUGAAUAAUAUCUAUGGCUAGCCAUUAUUCCGUUUGGCCUAUAUCCUCUUUCUUGUGUAAAGAAAAACAUGCAUCCUCUGCAUUUUAUUUCUUACAUAGUAUUACAGAAACCAGUAUUAUCAACAAACCCUUAAACACUUACAUAUGCAAAAUUUCAAAUCAUUCGGCACUCUUAAUUAGCUCAACAGAAAGUUAUUCUAAUCACCGAGCAUUUGCGUCACACCUUGGUUAAAGUUUUGCAUACAAGGCUAUAUCUCAGUAACCAUUGCAUGUAUUGGAUUGAAGCUUCACAUAAGCUUCUAUUUAUGUAAAUUGUGAUUUUUUUUUUUUUAAUGCCUAACUUCGGUUAUCAAGACUAUUCAAAGAAUAUGAACAUUUUUUUUUUGACUGACCCGUGCGUCUGUGUCACACUCUAGUCAUAUCUUGGUAACAACUAGAUUAAUAGGAUAGGAACAUGACGCAAGGUUCCUUGCCCUUGAAAUACACUUACUUUAUAGAAAAAUAAGACAAUUUUUUGACUGAAAAAUUUGAUUUAAGUUUCAUGCUCAGCUUUCGAGCUGUAUCUCUAACAACUCCAAAUAUUGGAAAGGGUUUUUUCUAUGUAGAAACAUACUUACACCAGGAAGUUAGGUAAGUUGAAUUUAAUUUAAAUUAUGACCCUUCUUUACUUAGAAAAUUUGGUAGUUUGGUUGUAACUACUGAGCUGUAUCUCAGCAAUACCUGUAUUGUAUUAAAAAACAGAAAACAUCACUUACAUAACCAUGUUAGAUGAAUUAUUUAUAUGUACGCAUAUAUUUAGUUUACAAAGGAAUAUUUAUAACUGAGCAUGCUGUUUGCGGAGAGCUCAUAACCUCAUAGUUUUUAUAAAGAACAUACGGAUUCUGCAUGACAGUAUUGUAAAAAUACUAUGUCUUAGGUAUUUGGAGAUGAAAAUAUUACAGAGUAUAUAUAUACUGCGGCGCCAUGUGUAGUAAAACUUCGAUAUACUGUAUUGAAAUCUCUAUUAGAAGAACCAGUUAGGCCGUUUUCAAUUGAUAUUUGAGUUAAAGGAUAAUAAAAACUUGAUAAAGAACAAAACUCUUUUUUAAACAGACAUGCACAUAAGGUGACAUUCAGAAAAUUUUCUGGUUUUAAAUUAUUGCAUUUAAUAGCAUGUUAUGAGUUUAUAAAUAUUUCCUACCUAAUGUAACACAGUCAAUUUGAUGUUUACAAGAAACAAAUCUGCUCUGUUAGAAAAAGUUCGUUAUACCAUGGUUUUACUGUAAAGGAAUUAUCAAGUUCCUUCCUAUUAUGCAGUUGAUUUAACUGUACAGUAAAUGGAAUUAAUGUAUUGUGAAAAAAUGGGAAUGGCAUAUUGGAGAUCGAAAUUUAUAUUUUGAGGGUAUUAUAACUAGUUAUUGUAAAGUAAAAAAAAAUAUUUGCAUAAGUUAUUUUGCAAUUGGUUAUGUGGAGAUAUUUUUCUUUAACCCAUAUUUCAAAUGUUGUAUGAUUUGUGUUGCUGUGCGUAUUAAGAGUAGUAGCUGCUAUAUACAGUAUCUUCUGUGUAAUAAUACUGUUGUUGUACUGUGCUUAUGUAAACAAUAAAGCAUAUAUUUCUAUCGAA